UUGAUCGCCCGGUGUGGGCCCCUGGCCCCUGGGCUAGGGCAGCUGAUCCCCGGCACAGAGCUCAGACCCCUGGCCUGGGGGGAACAGCCUUGGGCUGGGCCAGUGACUCCCUUGGCGGAUUGCGGGGCGGACCUUGGAGGCGCUGGGUUUGGGCAGGGGUGGAUCCCGCGGCGCUGGCCCGGGCUCGGGGAGUGGAUUCCAACUCCGCCCGCUCUGAGCGGCACCGGGCGGGCAGGGGAGGGUCCCGGGACCGGCCGAAGGGGGCUCCACCUCCCAGGGUUUAAAGCCCUGCGCUCGGCGGCUGCGGCGCUACGCGAUGAGGCAGGGGAGCUCCAGCGGCCGGGCGUUGGGUUCUGCGGGCUGCGGGCGGUCGGGGGCCCCCGGACAGCGGCUCCGGUGAGCCGGGGAGCGCGGAGCAGCAGCGGGGCCGGCGCCGAGUUUAAAAGUUGUUUGGCUGAGACAACGCAGGGCGGCUGGGGAGUGCGUUAGGAGACCGGGAUGAUUUAUGUUUGUUUCUUCUGGGCCUGCCUCCAGUCAGGAGCCAACCGAAGUGGAACUGAAAACGAUCCCCUCUGUACCUAAGAAGAUGACUCUGAACACGCAGCAAGGGGGCAAGGGCCCUGUGUGCAGACGGGCCAGCACCCCGGUCCCCCUCUCCCACCAGGCCAGGCCAGGGAUGCGUGAGCUGAGGCCUAACCCCAGUGAGUCCCAUCACCCUCCACUUGGCUACUCCUCAUCCUUCGAGCCUGGAGACAAAGCUCCCGUCAUGCCGCGCAGCAGCUGGUCAUCGGACUCAGCCGACUCUGACAGCUCCUGGGAAUCCUUGUAUCGGGUGGUGCUGCUGGGUGACCCUGGUGUGGGCAAGACCAGCUUGGUGAACCUCUUUGCCGGGAUCCAAGAGCGGGACCUGCCGGAACAGCCAGGAGAGGACGCCUACGAACGCACCCUGUCGGUGGAUGGGGAGGAGACCACGCUGCUGGUGAUGGACACCUGGGAAACAGAGAGGCGGGGCUCUGGCACGUGCAGCUUGUCCAGAAGCAAUGGCGUGACCACUCGCUGGAAAAACCGUAGUGUCCUGUCAGAAACACCUGUGUCUUCUGCACCGCCUCUAAAGAAGCAGAUUGACUGUAAAUUGGCAUUACUGGUUCUAAGGCCCCUAAGCCUGUUGGUCCUGGCAACAUUUGCUGACCAGUAUCUCUGCAGUUUGAGGUUUGCUCCCUCGUGUGUGAAGCUGGCUUCUGUUCCCAGCACGAGAAAUAGCGGUCCGGUUUGUCAUAGAAUUUAGGACCACAACGGCAUGCAGAAUGCGUGUGGAUUAGCAUGCCCAAUCUGUGCAUCUAAUCACGGUAACUGUGCAUGCAAAUUAGAUGCACCUUUUGCACAAGCAGUUGUACAUCUAAACAGUCUGAAAAUCUGGUCCGAAAGUUUUAAAGACUUGAAUUUAUUUCCACUAUCCCUGAAUUGCAUUUUUCUACUGAGUGCUAUUUCCCCUCGUGAGAAGAUACCGAUUGUCGAGUUAAUUUGUUUAGGGACACAGUGAACAUCAACAUUUUGGCCGUGAUGGGUCCUAAGGCCUGGUACCCGAUGCCCCUGAAAUAUCCCCCCUGCCCCCCCCCCCAUCCUUCCCAUUUUAAAAACCCACAUUAAAAGCUUAUGUUUUCUCCCAGGGGCUCAGGCCUGAUGAUAACAUUAUCUAGCUCUUAUGUGGCAUUUUUCAUCAGUAGAUCUCAAACCACAUCACCGUUGUUAAUGUAUUUAUCCUCCCACCCAUCCACCCCCCGGUGAGGUGCUCUUAACCCCAGUGUACAGACGGAUGCAGAGGUGGUAAGUGACUUGCCCAUGGUCACCCAGGAAGUCUGUGGCACAGCAGGGAAUUGAUGCCAGGCCUAACCACUGGACCAUCCUUCAGCCCCUUCCCUUCCAGGCCCCCAUUCCCUUGUAAAUGGGCUCCCCGGCGCUUGCUGGCGGUUCGCAAUUGGAAAGGGGCUCAUAUUUCAGCCUGAGGCCCAGACCCCUGAGCGCGCUGGCCGGGGUUUGGGGCUGUACGAAUACAAAGGAUGUCACGGGCUGGGUGUGUUCCCCAGAGGGUGCUGCAGCCAGUGGUUCUGUUGUGAACCCUUUAAAGCCCUCUUCCUUCUCCGGCGUGGGAGGGCGGGUCCCCCUGAGCCCCCAGAGCCCCAUUGGUGUUUGCAGGCGCUGGGCUGCCACAGAUGCAUGGCCGGGCAGCCUGCACGUUUGGGAGCGGAGCCCUGGGGCUGUAAUUUGCAGCUGACAGAUUGAGGAGGAGACUGGGUCAAACGCCCCCCAAAGCCAGAAGCUUUUAAUCUGCAGGUUAUUGACGUGUCUGCUGGGCGGCCAGAGGCUGCGGGAGCCUGGGCUGCUGUCUGAUGGGGACAGGCUGACGGCAGCGGGGGCCGCGCCGCACCUGCACCGGGGCUGUGAUGCUGAACUGCUUCCCCCUCCUUGCCCUGUCCGCAGCCUGGAGAUUUGCACCCUCUCUGGGGACCCGUUCCUUCCAAGGGCUCAGACUAGCCCCAGCUGGCAGGGAGCAGCCUGGGGCAGGCCUCAUCCUUCAGUAAACCUUGAGCGCGCUACCGGUUCCCCACUGAUUGAUGGGGCUGUUCAGCUGAGCCGUUACCCACUCUUGGCCCCGGCCCACAGACUAGCG